CUACUGUUUUACUUCAUACGUCUUCCUGUUAUAUUCCUGUCAUUCUACCUGCUGCGCAGUUGCUGUACACAUCAUUAAUUAUGUAGUAUUAAUUAACUAUUAAAGUAUUACUUAUACAAUACUUCACAGUUCUCAUAACUCAUAAACUAUCACACCGUUCUCAUAACUGACAUGUGACAAAAACAAGUUGAAUUUGGUCUGUUACGAAAAAUACGGGUGUUCCGGCUACCAGUGACUGCUGGCCGAAUACCAAAUUUGCCCUGUUACGCACAACGACCGACUGUCCCGGAGGCGGCGCCUGGGGCACCGGCGAAGUAAUGCACCGUCUCGGUCCGAACUCCUCCGUCUCCCAUCCGGAUCUGCUCAGCGUGGCAAUCACCGAGGAAGCCGUCAUCCUCGACUUUUGCGUCCUGGACCCGUCCGAGGACUGCGGUCCGGUCAGAACCGCCUUCCCGCCCGGCUCAUACUGUAUCCUUAACGCGCAACCCGGGAUGCGGUUCGCUGACUGCCCCGCCGGCUUUUACUGGAGCGCCGUCGGGUUGGACGACGUCGGGACGCCAAUCCGGCGGCCGCGGGCUCGAGGUCACGUCCCGACCGGGGAGUACCUGCCCACCUUCACGCACUAUUAUUUUUGUUGUCGCAACGAUUCCGCGCCGGCUAAUCCCGUGCUGCUGCCCCCGCAGUGGCCCUUUAUCCUCUUCCCGUUGGGCGUGCACUGCGCCUGUCAGGAGGUGGUCGGAAUGCGGGCUAAGAUGUUUUCUCUCUACCUGGAUGCGGAGAACGGCUCCUAUGUCAAUCGUCCCGAUCCGUAUCGUUCGCCGUACGCGGUGACGGCGAACAGUACCGUUGAGGGGGCGGGGCCCGCCUGUGCCGGCGAGAAACGCGGAGCCGGGCUGCACUUGCACAUGUGCCAUUAUAGUUCAUGAUGAACACGGGAUCCGAAUUAUCUGAUUGCGUAAACGCUCAUGUUAAAACCGUAAACGGAGAACCGGUGUUAACAAAAUUAACCGGCGUACGCAUUUUUUAUUAUUUUGAUUUAUUAAUUCAUCAGUUAACUGUGAGAAAGUGCAAUGUAACUGCAAAUUUCCAACUGGAUUGAUAUUUUCACAAUAUGUCUCAUCCUUCACGCCGAAUGGCGUGUCUUUAUGAAAGCAACUUAGAAGUAUCUCACAGAAUGAUAGAAAGCCAUAGGCUAGGUACUUCCUGGCAAUCGUACUAAAUGUUGUCUUUUUUCGGAAAAAGCCAUCAAUACAAUAAAAAGUGCAUACGCAGAAUACUAUGCAAAAUGA